GAAGCACUCUGAUCCUCUUGACUAGAUUCUAAAUUACGGUGCAAAUGCAUUAUUCUUUAAGUGACUUAGUGUUGAUAAAACAUUCUGUGGAUUAUACAUGAGCUUGUGGAAAUUAUUGCCUCAGCACAUGAACAUUUGAUUGAUGCCUUCCUCAGAUUUCUUACCUCACAUCUCAGUCCUUCCACCCUUGAGGGACAGACAGACAUGGGUCAGCCUCUGCAAGAGUAGGGAGGAAGAGUAAGGCAUUUCCGCAGAGCCACCAUAUUCUCAGUGAUGUGGAGAAGAAAAGGGUUUCCAUGUAUUUUUUUUAAGAUUUGUGAGUCUGUACACUUCUGUCAAGCGUGUAAUUUUGAAACCUAUUCAAAAGUGUCUCUCCUCUUCCUAAAAAUAUCUUGGGGGUUGGGUUAUACCGCCUCGUAAAGGCUCUUGGCUCACUAUGUUGUGCCGACCCUAUCACCUGAUCCAAGAUCAAUCUAAUCCUUCCCUCCCACAUAGUGCUCCAUCUCUUCUUUCAUUCCUGUGCCUAUCUAAGGGUCCCUAAUGUACCUGCCUCUGCCACUACUCCAGAUAGCAUGUUCCACGCAUCCACCAUUGUCUGUGUAAAAAAAACAACCCUGCCCCUGACAUCCCUCACUAUAUUUUCCUCCUGAUACCUUGAAGUUCUAGCCCACAUAUUAGCCAUUUCCAUCCCAGGGAACCUCUUUCGAAUCACCUCUCAUCAUUCCUACUUUCUGAAGUGAAAAGUCCUAACUUGCUCAGCCUAUCCUCGUAAGCCAUCCAGACAGCACCUAGGUAGGUAAAGCUUCUACAUCAAUCCUAUAAUGCCGAGGUACAAUUGGUCGCUAUCCAGUUGAAUGUAGGAAUAUAUUCACGAGGCUGAGUUACCCUCGUACAUCCAUGAUGCAAAUACACAGAGGCUGUCACGGAUGGGCAGACAUCUUAUCAUUUCCCCAGUUUUUCUUCAAACUAAUUUUUCAAUUUAGCUCAAUCCUUUGAUAUAUCAAAGCCCAAUAUGCUGUGGUUUAAAGUUAAGCAUUUUCAUCUACACUUGCCUACCUACUGUCUGUACAAGUAGUUGAACCAUAACAUGGACUAUACAGAUAGACACAAACACACUGUAAUCCUGGGUGACAAUGAUAUGCUGUCUGUCUAUUGUGUGUGUGUGUCUGUCUGUCUGUAGCUCUGCGUUUGUGUGGUGUUUGUGUCAGAGGUGUUUUGUUUUCCCCGUUUGUGAGGAGACUCUGUCUGUGUACUGUGUGGCAAAGUUGUUUUGCAAGAAUGUGGCCACAAUCUUGUUGCAUGAAGGAGAUCUGCAAAAUGGUCUCCUGAACUGUGGUGAAGAUGGAAUUGGUCACACAGGUGAGGUGAAGGGAUUCAAACCUAAAAUGUUAAAUGUGCAGGAUCUGCACAGUAGAAAUACAAACCCAUCCAUAUCCGGGAGAGGUCAAGGGUGAAGACCCUUCCUUUCAUAGGUCCAGACACUGAACUACCAUCUGAGCUCCUACUUGCGAAAGCUUACCAUCUCACUUCGUUUUUGAGAGGUAAAGCAUAAUCUUCAAUCAUGAAGAAAUUACUGUUUUGGGGGAACCUGAAUGAUAACCUGAAGAAUUCAAAUGAGUUGUGAUCUAACCCAAGGGUUAACCGUGAGCAAACAAAGAGUCACUGAAACAGUUCCUUUGGCCCAUCUAGUCCGUUCUGAACCAUUAUUCUGCCUAGUCCCAUUGACCUGCACCUAGAUGAUUAAGCUUCCAGACCCCUACUGUCCACGUAUAUCCAGAUUUCACGUAAGUGCCAACUUAGUCUCUCGAACAACAUGCUUAUUCUCCGUAGCCCCCUUAAAACCAGUGACUAGGUGGGCUCUCAGAGGUGAGAGAGGAUGAUAGGUGGGAAGUAGUGAUUCUCCUAAACUGAUAAUUCAUAGUUUUAUAUUUGAGUCAGACAGAAGUAGCAAGAUUGGAGCAAUUGGGUUCACAUCUGUGUGCUUUUGGCCAACUUAAGGCUCCUGGAUGCUUCUCUUGUGACACCUCAACAAUCAUUCAGGGAUUUGGUAUCUCCCAGUAGUUGGAAUAGAAUUAGUCCAAGCAUGGAUUUGACGUGAACCUAGUGCACUGUCUGCAAUUAAUCGACCCCCAGCCAUCUGUUUCUAAAGACAGCAUCAAAAGAUUUCUUAGCACCCAAAUGAACCAGGCCCCUGUCAUAGGUGUGACUGUAGAAAAGCUCUCCAGUGGCUGGAAACGCUGUUUGUGCUCUGGAAGGUGUGUCUGGUCUCUGAGUGAGAGAUGACUGUUUGCUUCAAAGGCUUAGCAAAGUUCGUGCCCAAUCUUCCUUCUCACCAGUUCCAUCUCUCCAGCCUCACCAGUUCCAUCCCCUCACCACCAGUGCCCCACCCUCCAUUUUUUAUUUGGACCUUCUCCAAGCCAUUGGUUAUGAGAGGAAGACACGUUUCUGGUACAGUGUGUUUGGUGUGUGACAUCAAGUGUUCAGAACCGUACAGAAGAAUUCACUUGGGCAGACGAUUGUUUCAUGGGAUUCAAGAGUGAAUGGGUAAUUCAUAACAGUGGCAUUGUAUUAUCAGUCCCCAAUAACUCACGGUACCAGCUGUGUGCCAAGUGCAUUUUACUUCUGAAAUAAAUACCCACAGACUUUGAACCAAUCACUCAUGCUUCUGGAUGUCCUUAGGAUAUUUUACAUGGUUUGCUUUCAUUUUAUUUAAAAUCACCUCUCCACCCCAGCAAACACUCACUCAUCUUGGCUUUACAUGAAUCACCUGUAAUGCAGAGUUCCAAACAAAAACUGACAGGCUUGUCAACACUCAAGGACUUUAAAAUUAAUCUGCAGCACAAUGCAGCAGGCCAUAGCCAAAUUCUAAUCCAUUAACCCAAAUCCUCAGUUUGGUCGUAGAAUGAAUGAGGAUAAAUCGCAGUUUGAAGUGGUUGGAGAUGAGAUGUCAUGUGAUGAAGCCUCCAGGAAAAUGCCCAAUCAGAGCCAAUAACCCUGGUUUCCUAGCAACCAGUCUUCAGAGAUGAAAGCUCUCAGCCUGGUAUCAGCUGGUGAUGGGGAAUGUGGUGGUAAAAGGGAGAAAAUAACCUUUAUAAUAAAAAUAGCUCGUCAUUUUUUCAAAACAUAUUAUCUAUUAACUAAAUUAUCCCCUGAGUACUAAAAAGCUUGGGGAUAACAAUGAAACAUUGCUCCAGUCUUGUCUAGCCUGUCACUGUGGUAAUUCUUGACGCUAAGCUCUGGUGGUUGACCUAAUGUUUUAUCUUUUCCCGUUCCGGAUGAGGACCCCCUGCACCAGAAGUGUCUGCAUUGAUGCUGUCUUGAAUUUCUACAAGAGUUCAGCUAGGAGCCGGCUGAUCUGAAGGAGGAAGCCAAAGGUGACACCUCCUUGAGAGGUACUGAAACAAGAUGUUGCCCAAAGCCGGCAGAGGUUGGGUCCGUGACUACAAGUGUAAGGUCACCAUCGUGAGUCACAGUUAGGCCACAUGGUUGUUUGGCUAUUGGAAAUGGGCCCCAAGUUUGCCAACCUCCUCCCUUUUGCCAGAUCUAAGGCGGCAGUGCCCAGUAAGGAUGCCAAUGUGUGAACCACACGAUUUUGGAGUUGAUGCCAUUAUCCAUCUGAAGGAAGAACAGCCCAAGAGUGCAUAUGGAAAUGCUGACUAUAAACAGGCAGGUGAAAAAUAUUCACAGUAAUGACCAUUGCAUUAAUUAUCAGGCUGAGCACACAGGUAUUCGGACCUACUACUUGAGUGCGGAGAAUAAGGCAGAGAUGGAAGACUGGAUCAACGCAAUGAAUGAAGCAGCAAGCAUACAGACUGUGUCCUUGACCAGCAGGACUGGGUUGAAUUUUGAGACACAGCCUUCCUCAGAAUCGAACCACACAAGUAAUCAUAAGCGAUUAAUCAAACCUGACCAGGAAAAGUUUAGCAGUGAAGCAGAUGGGUUUGACAGAACAAACAACAGGAAGAGCGACAGGAACGAUUCCAGCAAGGAGCUGGUGGCCAAGGUUAACGGCCUGUCAGGACAGGACGCUCCUUCCGACCCCAACAGCCCUGCUCCGGAGCUGAGAACUCACCCAGGCUUCGAGAGGCCCAUUCAGGUCAAUGGGCACCACUGGCAGCAGGGCUCCCCUGGGGAGAGCUACCCGCCACAGGAGGGGGGAAAUGUCGUGCACAGACGGGGCUUCGUUCCCCGUACCAACACUGAGAAAAUGGCACAGCGCCAGUCCUCACUAUCUCAGCUGCAGCAGUGGGUUAACAUGCGCAGGUCUGCGUUAACGACGGAUGAACUGAGGAGCUCGCAGGUGUACCAGACUCCAACAAGAGAAGUGCCAGAGUACUACAAUCUACUCUCGCCCUAUUACCAGGAAGAGUACCCCCAGUUCAUAGCUCCUGGUGGGCGUCCGGACAGCAUUUGCUCUGUAUCCUCAUACAACAGGAUGACAGCCCGAUGGUCCAUCAACGAGCAGCAGCCCUCGUAUCCGAUGAGGGACUGGCAGGGGCGCCAGGCAUACAGUGGGCAGGGCUCGCCUGUCUGGCACGGGGUGCAGCAACCUUACUCUCCUGAGGUCGACGGCGUUGCUGGCACCCUGCGGAGGCUGUCCUUCCAGCCCCGCUCACGUUCCGUGCCACGCUCGCCGUCCCAGGGGCCUCUGGUCGUCAACCAUAUCUACUCUCCGGUGAGGUCUCCCAGCAGCAGGUUCGAGAGAGUGCCGCCACAAAGGGACGAAGGUCUCGGAGACCCCGGUUACACGCUGCGCCGUUCCCGCAGUGCCAAGUAUGAAUACUCAGGAGAGAGAAGACCAACUGGAGUACAACCAUAUCACUUCACCGCCUCGCAUUCCAUGCAAGACCGACUGGUUCCAUAUCAGGAUAGAUAUCAGGACGCUCUGCACCAUUACAAGGUCGACGAGGCGGAGAUAGAUAAAUUGCUGGGCCGACUUUGCGAGCAGACCAAGAACCAGCGGGAACAGGAAAAGUGGGUCCUCCAGCUGCGGAAGGAGAAGGAAUCUCUGGAAAACGCGUUGGAAGCAACCCAUCGGGAGAUAGCAAUGUACCGUAAUCAACCGAGUUACACCGAGCAACUGGUGCAGAAAAAGGAGUCUUUGCAGAACCAACUGGUCAAUAUUCGUGGGGAACUCUCACAAGCAACUACGACCUUUGCAAACACAAAAAUGGAGUGCGAUGCCCUCAGAAUGGAGUUGUCCAUCAUUCACAAUGACUUGUGGGAGCAGCUGAACAGGCCAAUGGGAACGCAGGCUGAAAUGGGAUAUAAGCACAUUCAGAAGGAACUCUGGAAAAUCCAGGAUGUCAUGGAGGGCCUGAGGAAGACCUAUCCUGAGAGAGUUACAGCAGAGCCUGUCAAACAGAAUGUGCCUGGCACCCAGAUGGGGACCUUUGGCUCCAACAACCCUGCCAGUCCGCUGAGUUCUAACAGCCCCGCCAGUCCCAUGAGCCCCUUCUCUCCCAUCUCUGAUUCUCAUCUGUCAGCUCAGCAAGCAGCUAGUGAGGAGACCCGGCCGCCUCGACCGCCCCUUCCGCAGUCCUACCUGCAGCAAGGGCCGCUGCCUGUAGUCCCUCCUCUUCCCACUGAGAGCAGCCUCUGGGCCUAUUCUAUCGAGGACAUCUGGGAGCAGGCGGAGAAAGGGAAGAGCACCUUGGACACGAGGAGAAUUGAAGGAGCCACGGCACAGAAGUCGGGUUUUGAUGGUUCCCGGAAGGAGGACCUCCCAGUGUUGCAGCAGAGCUCCGAAGGCACCAUGGGACAAAGUAAGCAGGAGACAGAAAUGGAAAAGCAGAACAAAGUAGGUGUUGUCCCUCCAAGGACCAAGUCGCCUCCAGAAGAUGUGUCUCCGACUCCAUCCAGUCUUACAGUCCGGAGCAGCGAUAAAAAUAACUCUGAAUUUCUGACAAGAGAAAAGGCAAGGAACAGCACUCACUCAAAUGAUACCAAAUCCAAGAUGAGUGUGGAGGAGCAGGCUGAGCGCAUGAAGAGGCAUCAGAAUGGAUCGCUACGAGGUCAAAACAAGAGGCGCAGCCUGACCUUGACAUCUGGACUGCUGGCAACGAUGGAUAGCAGCAGCCCAAAACCCAAUGUUCGGAGAGUCACGGUUCCCCGCCGUAAGACCACGGAGAUUGAUAUCUCUCAGCUGGAGGCAGCUGUCCGGGAGGACUUUACGGGCAAAUACCACGAGACUCCAAGGGAGGAGAUCGCACGACUGAGAAGAAUGGACCUGGAGCCAGAGCACUACUCUUUGGACAUUAACAAGGAGUUGUCCACGCCAGAUAAAGUCUUAAUCCCAGAGCGUUACAUUGAGUUUGAACCGGAGCUCCCUCUUAGUCCAGAGGAGAUCAAAGAGAAGCAGAAGAAAGUGGAACGAAUCAAGACCCUCAUCGCAAAGUCCAGUUUGCAGAACAUCGUCCCACUAACGGAGGGGCUCAGUGACAGUAACAUGGAUCCCGAACUUCAGCUGCAGGAACAGGAGAAGAGGAUUGAGAUCUCAUGUGCUCUCGCUACAGAGGCAUCCAGACGAAGCCGGCUCAUAUCAGGUAAAGUUCCAGCGUCGGACGCAUCAAGUCCAUCAACCCCACCAUCAUCACCCCUCUCAUCACUGCCACCACAGGUCACUGAUGGAAGCCAUUUAAUGUGUGUCUGAAGAACCCACAGCAAGUUCCUAACACAUGGAAAUGUAUAUAGUGAAUAAAGCUGAUCCUGAUCCUUUGCAGCUCAGGCUAUCGCUGCCAUCAAGUGUCACAGGUCAACGUACUGAAGGCUGGCUGAGCUCUAACAGCACUACCUGCUGGCACGAAUGGAGGGAUAAUACGUCUUAUCGAGGACCAGCUGAGACUCAGACACAAGGACUGAGUGGGCAACUUGACAUUCAGUGAAGGCUGUCCCUCCAGAGAAUGCAGUAUUUACCGAAGAGUUUCUUGUCGUACUUCACGCAAUAAGUUUUUUUUUAAAUUUGACCAACUUGAGUCCUCAAGAAAAGGAAAGUCUGGAAAGGAGUAUUUUAUUUUUAAACGUGUGCAGUGUGAAAUUCUAAUAAUGUGGAGUGACUUUUUAGAAGGAACUGUUGUGGGAUCCAAGUUUCCCCUGAACUUGACAGGAAGAGAGAAUGGAAUAUUAUGGGGUGCAUUGUACUGAAGGGUGAAUAUGUCUACUAAAAAGAGGUGUAUUGGCCUUUAAGUCCACAGGGAGCAUCCGUACUCAAAGGCUGUAUGUUAGAGUUCCGAGCCCUGAGCAGAGGAUUUUUACAUAAUGCUCCCUGAGUGAUGAACUCUUGGAAGUGACACUUUUCAAACAAGGUGUUAAACCCCAACUGAUCUCUCAGGCUGAGACAUCUUGAAGAGCAGGACUGCUCUCCCCUAUACCCAUCUGCUACUUAUCCCACAACUAAGACUGAAGUGUGACAUUGCUGUCUGCAAAAAUGGACUUUCUACUUUGGAUGACCUGCAAUCCGGAAAGGCGCUUUAGCAAUUCCAUUCUCCUUUCAGGAAGGGGCAGUUGAAAUUGACAGGGGUAGCGGUUGUCCAGUGGUGGCCCUUAAAGAUAAUAAGCCAAUUCUGGGAUCACUUGAGCACAGCUCUAACGCCAAAGAAGUCCAUAUAAGAGAGGCUAGGGCUAGGCACCCAACAUCACUCACUGAGGGGUGGUUAUUGUUCCCUGUGGACCCUGCCGUUUGGUGGCAAUGAGGAUUAGGAGCUAGGGGUUAUGGGGAGACAUGGCUAAACACAUUUAGAGUCAUAGAACCUUAAUGGUAUCAUUAAGGUUGCAGGAGAUUGGAACAGAGACCACCUUCCAAAUGGUCUUCUGGUGGUCCAUCUCCGACCAGGAUCCAUGUGAUACCAGCAGUGUACUUCACUUGCUUGUCUGAUGUCAUUCUCACCAAAGUUGGGCAGCUCCAAGUUAGCUCAUCGAUUGCUCCAAAAUGGUAAUUAUCUGGAACCUCUCAAAGGCAUCUCCAUCGUGGAUCACAAGGAAGAGUCACAAAGAACGAGUACUCCAAUUUAAAUUGAACUUCCUUCUCAGACUUUUCUUCUCUCCCAGACCAGUUGGUAUCACUGCUGUAACUUAGUAGAAAACCUGAGCAAAAAUCUUUGUCAAAAAUUUUGGAGAUAGACAAAAAAAAAAUCUCCUUCAGCUCUGCUUUUAUGUCUAAUAUUUUUUGGCAGCUAAUCUGGAGCAGCCUGAAUGUGGACCUGUUAAUAUGUAACCAGCUCUAAUCCACCUAGCCACAUGGCCAAGUCCAUUCUUUUUGAACAGCUGCUGCUCGUCUGUGCAAUGUGACGUAUUCUUCUUGGCAAUGGCCCGGCAGCUUGCAUUGCAACUUAGGACAAUAGUUCCAUUCUUCAGAACUUGCACCAAGUGCAGUGCCCUGGCUACUGAUGAGCUCCUUGAGUGGUUCAUCGAAUAUGGCAUUGGAUAUUUGAAGUAAUUGUUACAUCGAGGCUCAUUGCAGGAUACCACUGAACUUUUACCCUGUAUUUAUGUGUUUUAUUUUGUUAUAUCUCUGUAUAAAGAUGAAAAGUUUAUGGUGGAACCUAAAGGGGCUGAGCUCCUGCCACUGGUCCUGAUGUGCACUUGCAGUCCUGUCAGUUGGAAGUUCCAGUGUGUGUAGAUAUGAGAUACAUUGUGAGACAGUAUACGCAGUUGAAUUAGCUAGUCUCACUGACCAUCAAUCAGUAAUGUGGCUUCAACCAGGAUUUAUUUCUAGAAUUCUUAAGGCACUUACCUAUUUAACUGCAAUCCGCAAUCAGCAGACCACCCUUCUGGGUGGUGAGAAGGUCCAAAUUCUCAAACGUUAGUCUCCUCUUCAAUGGAACAGUCAGCUCAAGACUUGCUUAACACUUUGUCCAAGGUUACAGCGAGGCUCCAGAAAGGACAGCCAGCCAAGGUGGUUGCUCAGAAGAGGGCAAAGAUUGCACUGGAAUACUACCUUCUGUCCAUUGUAACUGAGUCAAAGCCAAGUUUAUUAUCACUGACAUUUGUCGUGAAACUUGUUUUUUUGCGGCAGCAGUGCAAUGAAAUAUAUAAAAUAUACUAUAAAUUGCAAUAAGAAAUAUAUAUAAAAUACUGAAUAGGUAAUGCAAAAAGAAAGCAAAAAUAAUGAGGUAGCGUUCAUGGGUUCAUUGUCCAUUCAGAAAUCUGACAGCAGAGGCUAAAAUCCUAAAUUCCUAAAAUCUCCUGUACCUCCUUCCUGAUGGAUGCAAUGAGAAGAGGGCAUGCCCUGGGUGCUGGGGUCCUUAAUGACGGAUGCUGCCUAGUGGAGGCUUCACCUACUGAAGAUAUCCUUGAUAUUGGGGUAUGGUUGAGGGUGUUGACUAGGUUGCAGUUCUCUAAAUGGAUUAAAGUCGCAUACCUGUAAAGCAAAACAGACCUUCACACCAAUUCCGUUUUGCUGGCGUAAUAGAAAGGUUGCAGUUCAGAGCUUUACUUUGCCUCAGUCUUCCUAGUAAUGUAUGACGUGGGAUAAUAGGGCAACCAGUGUUACUGAUUCAGAUGAUAAGUGUGGGUCCCUAGAACCAAAGUUAGGUCCUGUAAGGAGUUUGUACGUUCUCCCCAUGACUGUGUGAGUUUCCUCUGGCUGCUCCGGUUUCCUCCCACAGUCCAAAGAAGUACCAGUUGGUAGGCUAAUUGGUCAUUGUAACUUGUCCCGUGAUUAGGCUAGGAUUAAAUUAGGGGUUGCAUGGUGGCACGGUUUGAAGGCCGGAAGGGCCUAUUCCGUGCUCUAUCUCAAUAAAGUAAAACAAAAUAAUUGCAGAAUCUUUUCACUAACGAUCUGAGUGGGAUUAAAUGUACCAUUGUAUUUGAGCAUCACUGCUAAAUGAGUUUGAAUACAGAGCAAUGUGGAAAAGCAAUGGGAAUCAGCUCAUCAGUCUGAGCUUGCUGCAGCUGCAAUAUUGUUCCAGUCUAGGUCCAGAGGGAUGACGAGCGUUGGGGGAAUUGCACAUGUAAUGGGCAUGUUGACAAGUGAGUUUAUUGUUUCCCGGGAGAAGGGACUAAGUAGCAUUGUCAAUACUCACUGGAGUUCAGAAGAAUGAGAGGACCUAAAUGAGAUACUAGUCUGGGGGAGAGAUUGACGAGAUGGAUACCAGCUGAGGAGAUGAGAGCCUGGGUAUAAGGACUUGUCCCACUUAGAGAUAAAGAGAAACCCUUACAUGUUGAAUAUACAUAAGAUAAAAUGGAUCAAGUUUGAGGACAGAGGGAAUCAAAGGGUAGGAUAGGAAAGUGGGCAAAGAUCAGGAUUACACAAUGGGAAGCAAGACCUAUCCCAACUUCUCUUUCUGAUCCACUUAUGCUUUGAAGCAUCAGACAUUGUACAAAUGCCUCCUUUCUCGGUGUGGAUUUCACAUUGGUUUGGUGCUUACUGGCUCUUGAAACUAACUUGAUUAUUCCCGUACUGGUUCUUGUAACAUCUCGAAUGUAAAAAAUAUUCAUGACAAGGUGAUUCUUCACAUUGAUCCAUCUCCAGCGUGAAGGACUCCUCUGCUUGAAUGAUUGCAGUAUCACUGAUUGGAGAGUUAACCUUUCACCAUUCCUUGCAUUAUCAGUGAAGUUCACCUUCCAUCGCACUUUCAUUCAUUCAUUCAUUGCAUUAGACUGUUAGCUGGAUCGAAAGAAAAGUUUGCAAAGCAAAAAAUGUGCAGAUGCUGGGAAUCUGAAGAGAGAACAGAAAAUGCAGGAGUAGCUCAGAGGAUCAGGUGGCAUCUAUGGAGAGAGAAACAGAUUGAACAGUUCAGGUGAAUGACUUUUCAACAGGACAGACAAAGGAACACUAAAAGGUUAACUUACUUUCUCGCUCUCUACAGAUGCAGCCUGGCCAGCUGAGUAUAUAUCCAGCAUUUUAUGUUUUUAUUUAUGAGAGAAAAGUUUUAUUUUUUAAUAAAAGGAACAGGAAGUUUAUGUAUAAUGGCUCUGACACUAAGAAUAGAUCUGUUUUCAGAAGUCAGAGCUAAUGGUUAAAGAGGGCUUUUCAGUAGUCACUGUAAUAUACUUGGUGUACUUUGGUGUCUUGCGAGAAUGUUAUUCCAUAUGGUUGUUGGGGAUGUUAGUUUUUAUGCAGUGAAAUUCAAGGUCAUGCUCAUUAAUGCAGAUUUAUUCCACAUUCCAAAUUUGACAGGGUGGCUAAAGGGUGGAAUCAGGGAGAGUGGUAUUGAAGACACCAUUACCAAUCCUAAGGGUGCAGUACAGGCGGGGGAAUGUAAACUGAGGCACAGAAUGUGUAAGACAGACAGAAGUGGCAGGAAACAUGAGGUAUGGAAAUGUGGGAACUUGCGUAGGAAUGAGUUUAAUGGUUGAGAAAGUGAGGAUGGAAGUGUUGGGGUAUACAUCAGGUUGAAAGGAAGUGAAGUGGGAGGAGGAUUAGGUGAGAAGCUGUAACACAAGAAUUAAAUUAACAAAAGUCGUUCUGCUACCAUAAGACAGAGGAGCAGAAUUGGACCAUUUGACCCAACUCUACAUUUCAUUCAUGGCUGAUUUAUUUUCUCUCUCAACCCUAUUUUCCUGCCUCUUCCAGUAAAGUCAAGCCAAGUGUUGAUGAUGUAUUCUGAGCUAUACAAUGAGUUCAUUGAGAGCUCAGAUGCAAAACUUGACCUUGUGUAAUGACCAAAGCCAGCAUGUCCAGACCUCAUGUUGUUUGCCUACUAACUCUGAUAUCACAAUUUAACGUCCCAGUAAUAGCCGAGGUAGGCCACUGUCUGGUAGUUGGUAUACACUGGCCAUCUUCACAAAGCACUGCAACACAAGGACAGAAUGUGUUGAAGGUGCAAAAGCAAUUCCAAAUUGAUUUUAUCAAAAAAAAAGCACAAGUUGCAGUAGAUUAAUGUAAAGAAUUUUUUAUUCUACUUUAGUGCAAACAAGAAUAUAAUAUUUAUGAAACAAUUAUUACCUGAGCACCAGUUUUUGGGAAUAGGGGAGCAUUGUACUCUACCCUUGGUGAUCACAUUGGUGGAGUUAUCUUCUCAUAGGACAGCACUUCCAAGCACAACAUAUUCCCAAGAAGUCUCAGAACUUCCUUUGCUGCUUUCCUCCAAUCAUAACCUAAGCGAUGACAGGCAACUGGCGCUUGAGGGUCACUUGCAAAAGGGUACACUUUGUACCUAUCAGUGAACUGGUUUCACUAUUUGUUUGUCUCAGGAUGUAUGGAGUGUAAGAUGGAAUAGUAGCCAACCAUUGAUUUAAACCAACUAGCCUCUGUGUUCCCCCCCCCCCCCCUCCACCGCCCUGUUAUCUGCCUGUGGCUGACAACAACCCAGCUUUCAUGUCUUCCUUUGACCUCCAAGUUGGAUGGUAGACUGGUCUUUAGUCUUUCCUGGUAGAGAUUUAUCUUUCUAUCACCCUCAGCUCAGUGCAGUUACAUUUCAUUGGGGGAGAACCACUCUCCAGAACUUCAUGGCCAAUGUGCAGCCUGAGGCAAUUCGAGUUAAUCAGAGAAAGGUACAGUUCUAUCCUUGCUUAACAUUGACCUUCAGUGACCACCCCUUUUUGUCUGAACCCCUUUUCAGCCCAAGUAGUAUGAGAAUGCUACUAAUUUUUUGCACAGAUCAUGACCCUGCAGGGUUAAGGCUUCAACGCAAACACUCCUGUAUCUUACCCACACUUUCACAUAUCUUAAACACAAGAGAUUCUGCAGGUGCUGCAAAUCCAGAGCAAGACAGACAAAAUGCUGAAGGAACUCAGCUAGUCAGGCAGCAUCUACGGAAAGGAAUAAACAUCACGUUCACAUAAAUUUUCUGUCUCCUUCAGAGGAAGAUUAGAAGUUUCAAAAUAGUCAGGCCUUAAAUGCUUCCACUGGCUUCAACCUUCUUCCCUACAUUCCUAACUGCA